GAAUUUACAUCUGAUGGAGGCCCAACGCUAUAUAAAUAUAUCUCAAUACUGUACAUAAUUGUACAUGAAACACAUGAUUGUUACUCGUAAGUUUAGCCAGAAGAUGAAUUCAAUUCCGUUGUUUGCUAUCUUGUUGCUGACAGCAGCGUAUGUUGUGUCUCCAGCUGAUGCCGUAGUGAAGAGAGCUACAGACUUGUUAAAAGAUAUGAUGGCUAACGCAACACAAAGUACCACAGACUACAGCGGUUACGGCUGUUUCUGCUUUGGGGGUAAAGGAAAACCUGUGGACGACGUAGACAGGUGUUGUAAGGAGCAUGUCGAUUGCUACACGUCAGUCAUAAAUAAGUAUAAGCCGUGCUCGCCUUCCACCAAAUACUACAAAUACAGUUGUCAAUCCGAAAAGUGUUUUUGUGACCCAGUCGGCUCACGCUGUGGAUAUAAUACCUGCGUUUGUGAUCAGAUAUUGAGUCAGUGUGUGGCCAGCAAAAAGUACAAUGCCGCCUACAAAAAUUACGACAGAAAGAAGUGCUAGCCUUGCUGCGGCUCACGUUCAUUAGCUUUACAUUAAGCUUGAACAUUAAAACAAAAUAGAUCAGCU